AUGGCUCUCUCCUUCUCUCGCUUGCUGUUGGUCUUGGGAUUCUCCGCCUUGUUGUGUAUUUCAGUAGCAGCAGCUUUCCAAUCCGAUGAGCUCUUAUUGGACGACGACGAGUUCGGUCUAGAAGGAGGGUUGCACACUAAGUCUCCUGAUCUCACAUACACACGAUCCUCACCUCCACCACCAUCACCACCAACUUCAUCAACCUCCCGGAAGAGGUUUUCCGAUCCGGAUUCGGACUCCAAGAUCCAAUUCCAGCUCCAUCACGCCUUUGGGGACUCUGAUUUCUCGCCCGCUGGUACUUUCAGUGCUCGCUUGAAGACAUGGAAUCACGGUGGUCAGACCCUUACAAAGCUACGAUUUUCGAGGAAUGCUUUUACUGAAGAGGAGAAGGAGAAGUUUGCGCUACUAUUGAAGGGAGAUGACUUCUAUAGGAUAAGAUUGCCGUCCAGUGUUUUGAAUCCUCCUGGGAGGGAUUAUGUUAUUUCUUCAGUAAAAGCGAGAUGUCUUCCACGGGAUGGUUUGGAUGAGCACUUCGUUAUACACACGGAUGGAAUUAAUAUCUUGGCAGUUAAUUAUGGUUCGCCUGGGGCAUGUCCAUAUCCUCGGCAAAUGAAACUUCCUGGAAAGUGGUCUUUUAACUCUCACACGGUUUUGAAGAAUAGUGAGCAAGCUCCAAGAGCUCCAGUGUUUGCUGAGGAGAUUCUUGGAGGCGAGUUAGGAGAAGGUGAAGUUGUACCGCCACCAGAAAGGUCCCUUUGGGCUAGAUAUUGGAUGUACUUAAUCCCGCUUGGGCUCAUUGUCAUGAACGCCAUAACCCAAGCAAUGAACAUGGCAGAGGAACCGGGUGCUGGUCAGCCAGCAGGCCAAGCACAGCAGCCAGCUGCUGUCCAGCGUGGGUCAAGUUCUGCUGUGCGAAGAAGAUAG